AUGAGGCUCUAUCUGUUACCCAUUUCAACCAAGAGGACGCUACUGUACUGCCAGAAACUCUACGUGCCAGCGACUGAAAAGCAAACCUGGGCGGACUGGGUUCAGGCCAAAGCUGCCCGCACAUGGUCUGAAUGGGAGAAGAAAGAUAAUGGGUGGCAGAAGAAGGUUGUCGGCUACGGCAACUAUGCGCUUCGUCGAAUUCCUUAUGAAGAAUGGGGGCUCAAAUCCGUGCCACCUUUGUCGCAGCGUCGAAGGCAAGUCGAGAUGAAGGGCACAGAGAAAGUGGAGGUUGUCUACCCCAAGACUCUGCUGGCAAUGGAUAGAGUCCCAAAGAUUCUGGAGACGUUGGCCACAGAAAGGGAGGCGCUGCAUAAGAGGAGGUUGAUUUGGUGCUUCAUCGGGAUGCCACUUUCGGCGCCCGUUGCUCUCAUUCCAGUGGUUCCCAACAUACCCUUCUUUUACCUUGUGUACCGUGCUUGGUCGCACUGGAGAGCGCUAUCCGGCGGCAAGCACAUACAGUUCCUUCUCAAGCACAACCUCCUCGCUUUGACACCGUCCCCGGUCAUUGACGAGGUGUAUGCCGACCAACCAAAGCCCUUAGCUUCUCCUGCGAAGCCAACACAGGAGUCUGGCGGGAUACACGCGAAUUCUGACACCUUUACUCCCGGUUCUCAAAACCCGGAGGAAGAAACAAUGUUGCUUUCCCAGGCCAAGGGGAGAAAGAUGACGCAGGCUCUGGACAUUCCACAGCUCGAGGUUGAGCUCGAAAGGGCCAUAUGGCAGGUGGAAACGGCCUUGAAAAAGCGCAGCGCUGAGACCUCUGCUACUCCGGGGACCGGAGGCACCGCCAACGACGACGAGAAGAAGACGCAAUGA